UUCGAUCGCGCCCUCGCGCGACACAACCGAUCCUUGUUUGUCCCUUGCCAUUACGGAUAUUAUUCAUUUUUUCGGGCACGGUUACCGGACAAAUCGACAAAAGGACGGUAAGAAACGUGAUGAAAAAAAUGCAGAGUUGCGACAUAGGAAGUGGCCAAGCCUUUUAACUUUUUCGUAGUCCGUAAAAACGAGAAACGCGUAGGUUUGCUGCCGCUCUUUCUGUCUCUGUCGCGCCGUCGUUCUGCUCGGUCGGUCGUUCAUUUGUUCACGUCAAAUCCAUUCAUUUUUUUUUUGAUCAUGAAGUAAAAUCAAACAUGGCGGCCGAAACAUACAAAGUGAGAUUAGUCGAACGGCUAAAAAUUAAAAUAGGCGAAGCCAAGAAUUUACCCACAAGAAGCCAUGGAUCUUCCACACAAAGAGAUGUUUACUGUACUCUAUCUCUAGAUCAGGAAGAAAUAUUCCGGACAUCCACGGUACAUCAAUCUCUGAGCCCAUUUUUUGGAGAGGAGUUCCAGUUUGAUGUGCCUCGUGAUUUCCGAUUUAUUUCCAUCUACGUUUUUGACAGAGACCGACAAAACAACAAACAGGAUAAAGUUUUGGGCAAGGUAGCUAUUCGAAGAGAACACCUUGCUUCCUACAAUAAUAAAGAUCAUUGGUUUUCAAUCAAAGCAGUGGAUGCGGAUAGCGAAGUGCAGGGAAAAGCGAAUAUUGAAAUUCGGUUUGAACAUAUAUUUGCAAGAAACAAAAAUUUGAGUUUUUCAACCAACACCAAAAAAUUGUUUGUGAAAGUUUCGGAGUGCUUGGAUUUAACAUUAAAGAAUGGGGCUUGUGAUCCUUACGCGUUAGUCUGUGUAACAUAUACAAACGGUAAACGUCUUUCAAAAAGAACUAAGGUGCGUAAAAAAACUACUAAUCCUCAGUUUGAGGAGGAGUUUUCAUUUAACUCAUGUGAAGAUAGUGAUGGUGAUUCGGAAGUUUGUGAACUCUUGGUGUCAAUAUGGCAUGAUACCCCGGGAAUGAGUGAUGAUGUGUUUUUGGGAGAAGUUAAAGUGCAGCUCAGGGGCCAUCAGCAGCAGAAUGCUGCUCAUCGAAAAGCUUGGUACUUUCUACAACCCCGGUCUAGUAAAAACCGUCCAUCGUUGACCAAUUCGACGCCGCCCGGUACCAGACUGUCCAGCGAUAACAGUCUCGGUUCCUUACGACUGCAGAUCCAAUACACCGAAGACAGGGUGUUUCCUGCUGCCGUUUACGAUCAGCUCAGGAAUCUGCUAUUGCAGAGCGCUCAUAUGCAGCCUAUCACAGCCACGCCAGUGUAUAUUUUAGGAGAGAUAAUAAAUAAGGUGGAGAUUGCACAACCAUUGGUGAGGAUCUUCUUGGACUGCGGCAAAGUAGUUCCGGUGAUAAAGUCACUGGCGGCUGUGGAAAUCAGCAGUGUCACGGAUCCAACGACGAUCUUCCGCGGUAAUACCUUAGUUUCUAAGAUGAUGGAUGAGGCGAUGCGGCUCAUCGGACUUCAGUACCUUCACAAAACCCUCCGGCCUACCCUAGAACUUAUAUUUAGCGAAAAGAAACCGUGCGAAAUCGAUCCGACGCGAGUCAAGGAUCCGAAUACGAUCCAAACCAACUUAAGUAAUUUAAAGUUUUACAUUCAGAAGAUUUUCGACGAUAUUACGCAGAGCGCUGUCCAUUGUCCGGCUCUAAUGUGCCAGGUCUUCCAUAAUCUUAAGGAGUGCGCUAUAACUUAUUUUCCAAAUAAUAAAGAAGUGAGAUAUUCAGUGAUAUCAGGAUUCAUAUUCCUACGGUUUUUUGCUCCUGCCAUUUUGGGACCUAGAUUAUUUGAUCUGACUACUCAGGCUAUUGACUGCCAAACCAAUAGAACGCUUACUCUUAUAUCUAAGACAAUCCAGUCUUUAGGAAAUUUGGUAAGCUGUAGGUCGACGCAACCAAUGUGUAAAGAGGAGUAUAUGGAUUGUUUGUACAAAGCUUUUUGUACGGAUACUCACAAGACUGCGAUGAGAAAGUUCCUGGAAAUUAUUUCGGCAAAUACUUCAAGUCCGCAGACUAUUGUGAACGACAAACCUGUGACUCUGAAAGAAGGGGAAAUUAAAAGAUUGAUGAUCAAGAGAGCUCAAGGAAGAAAAAGAUUUGGCAGAAAAAACUUCAAGCAAAGAUACUUUAAACUAACUACUCAUAAUUUAAGUUAUUCAAAAAGCAGAGGAAAAGAAGCGUUAUGUGAGAUACCUCUUUCGAACAUUUUGGCUGUUGAACGGCUAGCAGAAACAUCUUUCAAGAUGAAAAACAUGUUUCAAAUUGUACAACCAGAAAGGGCUCUUUAUGUUCAAGCUGCGAAUUGCGUUGAAGAAAAGGAAUGGGUAGAUCUGCUAACAAAAAUCUGCCAAACGAAUGCAAAUAGAUUAGAAAAGUAUCAUCCCUCGGCUUUUAUAAAUGGCGAAUGGAUGUGUUGCAAAUCACCCAACGAACUUGCUCCUGGCUGCAGUCAAGUAUCCCAGACAGACAGUAACAAUUACCAUAUGACUCUGGAUCCGGAGAGGGAUCUUCAGCGCGUUCACUCACUAAUCAUCGCGCAUAUACAGCACCUAGAAGCCUACAUUCCUGUACUUCAAGAUCAUGCAGUUUGCGACGUAAUGAAGCAGCUUAUAGACGUGGCUUUCAAUAUCGAGUACCAGCAUCGAAUUUAUAAACGAACUUUAGAUAGAAACACUAAAUAUGGCAGCUUGGAAGCUCCAAUUGGAGAUGAUAAUUAUCUGCUGGCUUCUCGAAUGAAUCUGGAUAAGCAAGUUCUACUGCGAUGUGCACCCACAGAUUCUUCGGUAUCUUGAAAGAUCUAUAGAUAUUUUCCUAUUUUAUCAUCUAAAUACCGUUUUGAUUAUUUUACUAUACUUCCGUAUUAAUCAAAAUGGCAUUGUUCAAAAAAUUUAGACUUUGAUGUGAACCGAAAUAAGAAAUACAAUAAAAACUUACGUGAGCUAUGAGAAGUAUUCUCGAAUAUUUAUUUUUUGUUGUGAUAUUGGUGUCAGUGAUAAGAUUUUUUACAAAAGAAUCUAGUGCCUUUAGGUGUAUAAAAAAUUAUAAACUAUUUUUAGCAAACUUAAGAUUAUAAAACUUUACAAAUAAUGUGAAUGUUUUUAAUAAAGUUUUUGAGAAACAAGUCUGCUGAUCGUAUGUCGACGAAAUGCGUUUUGUUGGCUAAUCGAGAAGAGUAGGAAUGAAGGGCAUUACAGUAUAUUCCCUGAAAAUCCAUUAAAGUCUAAAUUUUUUCCAAAAUAUACUAUUAUAUAGUAGAGUUAUAUAAUAUAUAGCGUAACUGACCUAAGUUUUAGAUUCUCAAUUUUUGAAGACUGUUCUAAUAUUAUAUAAUCGUAAAACACCAUCCUUGUAUUCUAAAAUCUUAGUCCUAUGAAUUUCACAUUUUUCAUAUUUUGGAGUAUAUGAGGUAUUUUCUAAAUCUGAAUUACUUUGAAUAUAGGCUUAUGACGUAUUAUUUAGAGAUAUUUUUCAUUUAUACGCAAAUGUGAAUUUGGUUUUAAGUUUUGUGUAGGGAUGUGGAUCUCAAGAUACAAAAUUUUAUAACCAUAAUGUUUGUGUAGAAAACAGCUGUUGCCUAAUAAAGUAAUAUGGCCAAAACACCUCAUAUACUGAAAUAAUAGUAAUAUCCUAAAACUCCUUUAAAUUUGACAAUCAGUCUUUAACGAUUUUGUGCAGAUUGCAAAAGCAAAACUAUAACUUUAUGUUUUAUUAAGAAUUUCAAUAAAAAAAGAUUCAAAAGAAAAUAGGCUAUUUGAACUCUGGAUUUAAAAGGAAUGUCUUAGUUCUGUUUUUUUUUAAUAAUUAUUAUAUUUUGAUACUUCGUAAUAGUCCAAUUCCUCUAUUGGGGGAGUUCCAAUUGCCAUUUGUAGUAACACUUUGGACAGUUAAUGCAAUAGCAUUAAAUAAUAUGUUUACUACACAAAUAGGUCUAUAAACUUAUACCUUUUAAGAUAAAAACAGGGGGUUUGUAACAAAUGCGAUUUUUAUUGUUGAGUUUUUGUUUAGGCCAGGAUUUCUCCAACAUGUCUAAUCACAAGAGAAAUAAAUUAGAUAUACUUGUCAAGCGACAACUGUCAUGCUGGCAAAUAAGAAAAGUCUUCUACACAUAUGCGAAAAGUGGGGUUAGGAAACAUCAUAUCGAAAUAUGUCAACAAGGAAACCUGUUAAGAAUUUGAUUCUACGUCUAUGUCUCCAGAGAUAAUAGUUUAUUGAUUAUUUAAAUAAUAUAUAUAUUUUACAUUAUAUUUUUAGUAUGAAUAACAUAAAACAAAGACAAACCUAUAUUUAAUAAUAAUUUUUAAUGCAGAAUUGUAUUUACUGUUCUUACUUCUCUCUUACUGUUUUACUGUUCCACAAUAAAUUAUAAAAAACUAAAAAUAUUGAUUUUCAAACUGCCGGUUUGUUUCAAUGGUCUAUGGAAAUUGAAAAUUUAAACUAAACGCCAUUCAAAAUACCUCUAUACCAUCCCAUACUCUAUGCUAAACAAAAAAUGCAAUACUAAGUAGUUCCUUUCUCUAAGUCAUUGUAACGUAAAGUUUGUUAUCUCUAAAAUUGACAUAUUUUUAUUGUUAACUAUUAUUACAAAAUAGUAAAGACUGUAUGCUGUAUUAGGAAUUGUUUCUGUUGGAUGUAAAUUGUUUUAUGUCAUUUUAUCAAAAAAAUAUAUUUAGAAAAUCUUCGGAAAUGAGCAAAGUUGAUAUUUGAAAGUCCUUGUACAUUUAUGAAACUUACAUUUGUACACUAUUAAUACAUAGAUAUCAAAUCGAAUUAUGAACAACGAUAUUUUGUCAAUAAACUCCAAUUUUUGCAUAUUUAUGUAAAGAUGAUUUUUGAUUUACCGCUAUGAUAGUUGAUAGUUAUGACAUGACAUAUCCCAAUGUGUCUUUAUAUUUUUGGGCAUUCUCUAGUACACAAACUUAAUCAAUAAUUAAAUAUUAAGGUGCGUUCAUACCGGCUGCGCCGCGCAAAGCAUUUUUUAACAUAUACUUUUGAAGCGUAUUUUUUUUAGCUUGCACAAAAGUAUAUGUUAAUAAAAUGAUUUGCACGGCGCGCCGCGGAGUGGCGCAGCCGGUAUGAACGCACCUUUAUAAAAAUCCCAUUGUUGCCCCGUAUUUUAAAACAUGCAGAUGCAUGUAAAUUUUACUUCUGUUGAUGUUCAUGAAAUAACAGUUUUAUUUUUUAGUAAUACUUUUAACUUCUUUAAGUUGUUUGAAUCCCAUUCAUUUUAAACUGUAUUGGUUUGUCGACCUAUAUUAAAGAAUCUUUUUAUAUUUUUAAGUUUUUUCAACGGACAAAAAUUGGACAAUCUGCAUAUGUGCAUCCAUAUAAUUAAAAUUACUCAAGCCGUUAUAAUUUGCCAGCUAUCUGUACAAUGUUUUUUUUUUAUUUUUGUUUUAACGAAUAAGUACAAAUUUGUGUCUUAGAUAAUGUUUGUAUAAGUAGCAUUGUAGUUCUAUCAUAAGCAAUAAAAUGAAAUAGAGUGAUUAAUAUUAAGGGCAGGUUGGUCUUCCAAAUCACCUGAAAUUGCCGUAAUAACGACAUUUUUUACUAUUUUUUUAGCUAUAAUUUUAGCUGAGUAAACAUAAUUUUUUUUAUCAUACACGAGGUGUUCUCUCCUGAACGAAAAUGCAUGCUUCAAUUGAUAUAAACAAAAAUACAUUAUAAAGAUUCUGAAAGGCAGAAACAGUAUUAAAGUUAAUGGGGCCAUUGAGUUUAAUACUAAUUAUAUUAAUAUCACCUUAUUAAAUUAGUAUUCUAGACAGUAUUCUACAUUUUAAUCGUUUUUGAAAAAUUUCGAUUUUGUGUCAAAAGAAAAAUAUUCGCAGUGUAUUUUUUAACAAAUUUAUAUAGCCAUUCGCUUAAGGGUAGGCUUAAAUAACAUUUAAUUUUGUUGGUGUACAUUCACUGAGUUUUAAUUUCUAACUCGCUGAUGUUUAAUUACUUUGUGUGUCUGUCUAUCUACUGGUUAUAAGUUAGGUAUCUAUCUUUGUCUUACACGUUAAAAUACAGACCAUUGAUUUAGAAUGAUUAGGCCAGUAUAUAAAAAUUAGUGUGAUUUCAUGACAAGUGAUUCUUUUAAUGAAAUUGAUUGACAUCAAAAAUAAAGUAACUUGGGGUAAAGUUGGGGGGACUAUGUUUGUAGAUAUUAAUAUUAGUUUUUAAAAUAUUUGUAUCGUAACAUUUUCUUAUUACUAAAAUGUUUCAUUAGGCAUAAACAAGGGCGGAUACAAGAAUUUAUUUUAGGGGGAACCCAAAUAAAAAGUAAUGUAGAAUAUGCUUUUUAGGGCUCCAUUUUUAAGCCAAAUUAAAAUAUAAACACAUAGAUUAAAGGGGGGGGGAGAGGAGAUAAGGCCCUAUGGCGCCCCUCUGUAUCCGCCACUGGGCAUAAAAAUAAUUUAUAUAUCAUGACUAAUCUUCACGCUCAGUGUAAAAAAAAGUGCUAAGGAAAUACCGUACCGAUCAUAAGAU